CAUCAAGAAAAUAAAACUUUACAGUAAGUUUCCGCGGUCGAUACUUCUUUAUGUGUAACCGGACGAGGCAGUAACAUUUUGUAAACAGGAUGUUAGGCCGUAUCUUACUCUUGGCUCUUUUUGCCACUGUGGCUUUUGCCGAAUUCAAUUCCAGAUUUGAAGAUAUAAGGAGACAGCUGGAAAGUGAUCGAAGAGAAGUUGAAAACUGGUUAAAAGAAGUUGAAAGAAUGAAAGGAAUUGUUGAGGAGGAGAAAGAAGACUUCCGCAGACAAAAGAGAAGUGGUUAUCUAUACGCUAUGCCAGUGGUGAUGGGACCAAAAGGACAACCAGGUGCCCCCGGUGCCCCAGGAGCUCCAGGCCAAGACGGUGCCCCAGGCGAGCCAGGUCCUAAGGGUGAAAAGGGCGAAAUAGGAGUCCGAGGACCACCAGGCCCAUAUGGUCCAUGGGGAGAGGAAGGCGAGGAGGGCGUAGCCGGCGUACAAGGGCCACCCGGAGAAACUGGCCCAACAGGAUACCCAGGUUUAACCGGUGAAGAGGGAGAUGAAGGUGAAGCUGGAGUUGAUGGUGAGGAUGGACAAGUCGGGGCACCAGGUGAAGUUGGAGACGAAGGACCACAAGGAUUCCCUGGACAAACUGGCGAGGUAGGGGACAACGGUAUUGAAGGCCCACCAGGUUUCCCAGGUCAACCAGGCCUAGCAGGUGCACCAGGUAGACGUGGUGUAGCAGGAGAAAGAGGUCGUAGAGGUCCAGAUGGUGAACGAGGACCGCCCGGACCAUCCGGAGUUCCUGGUGCUAAAGGACCACGUGGAUAUCAGGGCGCACCUGGUGCUCGUGGACCUCAAGGUCCCCCAGGUCGUGUACAAUAUGUUCGAUACCCAUAUGUAUCCGCACCGGUAUAUUAUGCUGCCCCAAGAAGCUCAAAAUAUGCCGUCAAAGCACCGUCAAAACAAUAUUCUGCACCAGCUUACGUGAAAGGAGGUUGGAUUGAAAACUACUCUACAUUAUUCGAAAAGGUGUCUACUAAAAUGGCGUCAGUCUCGUUAAUAUAUUGUGUUUUAAUUGUGUUGGUUGCUUUAUUAUCAACUAGACAAUGUUUAAAAUUUGAUGAUAUUGUACAAGGCGUUAUUGAUGAUAAUAAAAAUUCAUUCGAUGAUAAUUUAGCGGUAUUGGAGCAGAAAGUAUUCAAUGAAACAGACGAAGUGCAGGAAUGGCGCAUGCGCGUGGAUGCGAUUGAGAGACAAAUGGUUGAAGUCAGAGCAGACAAACUUGAAGUUUUGAGUCGUCGCGAGAGAGCACUGAAGGAUCCAAGACUUGCCUUUUUUGCUGGAAAACCUGGCAGUCCAGGGCGUCCUGGUAUACCAGGCCGACCAGGCCACAUGGGCAAACGAGGUCAAAAAGGUCCAAAAGGUGUCGCUGGACCUCCCGGAAUACGUGGACCAAUUGGUCCAUAUGGUCCACCAGGAUGGAAGGGUCCUCCUGGGUUCACAGGUGUUGAGGGGCCAAAGGGCGAAAAGGGAGAAGAAGGUUUCAAAGGUAACGCGGGUUAUAUUGGGGACGUUGGGCUUGUCGGAUAUAUCGGAUAUGAAGGUCAGAUGGGUCCACCAGGUAUUAUGGGUCAUGUCGGCUUUAUCGGUAUGAUAGGCUGGCCAGGUCCACGUGGUGAAAAAGGAGAAUGUGGUAUUAUGGGACCCCCUGGUUAUCCAGGGCGACCCGGCGUUCCUGGAAGAGUUGGUGUCUAUGGGGAACCAGGGCCUAUCGGAGAAAUUGGAAUCACCGGACCACCGGGACAUAAUGGCUUUGAAGGGGAUAAAGGAGAAACUGGUAUGUGUGGAGAAACUGGACCAUGGGGAGCUGUUGGCCUUCCAGGCCCGGUUUAUGAUCCAUAUGCAGGACUGAUGGCACCGAUGGUUGGUAAAUUGGAAGGAUUUCAUGGAGACGAAAAUUGCACAGACCUUGUUGAGGGUGUUUCUAAAUGUUUAUCUCACGGAAGUAAAAAUAUUCCGAACAAUAUUCAAUACAACAGUAAAUCUUUGCCAGUCUUCAGCCAGCCGCCACCCGGAGCUCACGUUAUGCCUGCUGAGCAAGGACACGGGAAGUCACAAAUGCCUUUCGGGCCACAUUUAAUGAAAUCACCUAUAGCGUAUGGACCACAUGUAGGAAAAUCACAGAUGGCGUUAGGACCCCCUAUGUUUGAAUCACAUGUAGGAAAAUCACAGAUGGUCUUAGGACCUCCUGUGUAUGGAAAACAAUAUACUGCAGCGCAUGGACACCAUAUCGACUUUUAUGAUGAAGAAGACCGAGAUAUUCUUAAUGAACAGGAAUUCAACGAGAUAGUUAAUAAAACAAGUGUUGAAGCUACUGACACAAAUAUGAUAAAUAUAACCAUGACUGAAGAUCUUGGAACAGUCGAUAACGAGAAAUCAAAUAGUUCUGUUAACAAUGAAGGGAAUGUUGAACAAAUAACCGUUGAAACAAAUUUUAAUACUACUACAGAAUCAACCAGUAAAUCGUUCGAAGAAGACAAUGAAAGAAAAACUACAACAGAAAAAGCGCAAUUUCUCCUAGAAGAUGUGAAACAGACAUCCGGCGCAGGUUCUGAUGAAUCUGAAACUAACGAAGAUGAACAAAUACAAGAUAUAGAAUUAUCUGAUUAAGCUGUAUCUAUUAUAAAUGAACAUAUUGUUGAUCCUAAUGCAAAUACUGUAAGCUUGUGUAAUAAACAUGUUUGGUACA